AUGUGGGGCUACCUGUACCUUUUGCCAGUCUUCCUGGCACUAUGGGCUAUUGCUGGUAUCUGGAUUGUUUUUGGCAUCGCUGUGAUCAACAGGACUGUGGACCUCAAGAAAGGCUUCCCCUACAUCAGUUUUUGUGGAUCAUACCCCCCUCAGAGCUGCAUUUUCAGUCAAGUGCUCAACAUGGGAGCUGCUAUGGCUGCCUGGAUCUGCAUCGUGCGUUAUCACCAGCUUCGAGACUGGGGAGUCAAAACGUGGCAUAACCAGCUGAUCCUAUGGUCCGGACUUCUCUGUGUCCUGGGGACCUCCAUAGUAGGCAACUUCCAGGAAACAAACCAGAAGCCGACACACCUGGCAGGUGCCUUCCUUGCCUUUGUCCUGGGCAACCUCUACUUCUGGCUGCAGCUCUUUCUGUCCUGGUGGAUGAAGGUUCUACCCCAGCCUGGACCCCGCUGGAUGGGGCCUUUGCGCUUGACUCUCUGCAGCCUCACCACCAUCCUCAUAGUGGCUAUGACCGUCCUGCACUCCAGGACUCUGCGAUCUGCCUCUGCGGCCUGCGAGUGGGCGGUGGCCAUGCUCCUCUUUAGUCUCUUUGGCCUUUUGGCCGUGGACUUUUCCAGACUCAACAGCUGCGUCCUGUGUCCUCGGCCCCGUCCAGAGCUCCGCGGCCCCCCGCCGGCCCUCGGGUCGCAGGCGCUGUGA